AUGUCGAACAAGGAAAAGGUGAAGGAAGGAACGAAAGGUUUCGCAAAGUUGGAUAAAUUUGCUGGCCAAGAUUUCAGACGCUGGCAAAAGAAGAUGCAUUUCAUGCUGACAAAUCUCAAGGUGGUGUACAUUCUGAGUACUCCCAUGCCCGAGGCUGUUGAAAAUGAAACUCUGGAACAGACGAGGAGGCGGAUGAAGUGGGAGAAGGAUGACUACAUAUGUCGGGGUCACAUUUUAAACGGUAUGUCUGAUUUCCUAUUUGAUGUGUAUCAAAAUGUUGAGUCUGCUAAGGAAUUGUGGGAUUCCCUCGAAGCCAAAUAUAUGCCAGAAGAUGUCUCUAGCAAGAAAUUUCUUGUUGGUAACUUUAUUAACUAUAAAAUGGUUGAUUCAAGGCCUGUCAUGGAACAAUACAACGAAUUGUUGAGGAUAUUGGGACAGUUUUCCCAAUAUGAUAUGAAAAUGGAUGGAUCCAUUUCUGUCUCUAGUAUUAUUGAUAAACUGCCACCUUCUUGGAAGGAUUUUAAAAAUAAUCUGAAACACAAAAAGGAGGAAUUGAACUUGGUCGAACUUGGAAAUGAUUUCCAAAUUGAACAAUCCAUACGUGAUAUGGAAAAUAGUUCUGUUAGUAAUACUAAAAACAUGGUUGGUUCUUCCGUGAACAUGGUGGAAGAGGGUGAAUCCUCAAAGGCUGGUAAAGAGAAACGUAAGUUUCAAGGGAAACGGAAGUUUCAAGGGUAUAACAUGUGGCAAAUCCGGGCACUUCAAGAAGGAUUGUAA